AUGAUUUUUGUGAUAUCUUUAUUUCCGUUUAGGGCGUUGCGGCCACGCAAGACCGUUGACUACCUCCAAGCCGCCCAAGGCUACACGCAAGACGACGAGGGCAACGAAGACUAUGUCGAGGAGGAUGAGGUGACUCCGGACGAUGAGGAAGAGAUCGGCGUGGAGGUAGUGGAGAAGGUCGACGAGGAGGCGAAGGACACGGAGGUGGACGACGAGGAGGAGGGUACGGAGAACGUGGAGGACGAGGGGGAGGUAAAGGACGUGGAGGACGAGGGGGAGGUGAAGGACGUGGAGGACGACGAGGAGGCGAAGGCCAUGGGGGACGUGGAGGACGACGAGGCGGCGAAGGGCAAAGAGAUGGCGGGCAACAGCACCAUGUCCGCCGUCGAACCCGCGGUCGGCCCGAACGAGAAACAUGACGACACCACCGCCACGCACGUGAAGGCCAAGUGGGACGGUGGCAUGGCUGCAGCCGUAAUCGACGAUGAUGACUUGUUCGGUAGUGAGGACAAUGAAGAGACGGCGAACGCCGUGGAGGACAAGGACGCGGUGGCGGAGGACAACGACAAAGGCGCUGGCAGCAAGCGGCAAGUGACGGGUAUGAAGAAAGCUACAGCACGAAAGUGCAAGCCGUCCCCGGGUCGAAGUGCAGUUGGUGAUUCACCUCCUAAACGUGCGAAAGUUGGGAGGAAGGAAAAGGAGCAGGCUGUUGUCACGAAGUCGUUCGCCUAUUGGGGCGAGCUCGAGGUAGCGCUGAAUGCCUAUCAAGACGCGAACUUGGUGCUCUACCGCGUUCGGAGCUCGCAAUUGAAAACGAACCACGACGGUCUACCCGGGGUUCAAAAGCUCCACGAUCACUUCACCCACAAGUUCAAGGCGAUGUGGUGCACCCACGGCGCUAAACAAUCUUCGCGAGGUGAAGGCCAUCGGGAGAGUGGCCAGCGGUACACAGGCUGCGAAGCGAGCUUCACUGUGCGCUCUGUCAAGUAUGUUGAGAAAGGUGUGCCAAAGUGGAAGGUGUGCAUCGACCCAGAGACGGAGAUCUACAUGCACAACCACAGGACCACCAAGAUCAUCUACGAGUCCUACACGCGCGGCAAAUCCCUGCUGCUACCAGCAGCCGUGCGCAAGGACCUUGGUCUCAUGGCCGAGGUGCAAAACAGUACGCCGGCGAUCAACCGCUACCUCUCGGACAAGCUUGGUGGGUGUUCCUGGUGA